CACGGCGUGGAACCGCAGCACAACCUGCAGCCCGGCGAGGAAACGUCAGAGCUGGUCACGAGCCACAUCUGGAGAAAAGGUGAGGCUGCGAAUAAAGGUUCGGUUCGGUCUGGUAUGCGGGCCUGCAGUGAUUAACGAAGCUCGUCCCGCAGUCGGGCGGUUCUUGUGCCUUUAGAGUGUGGUAUUUGCCCCGCUGCGGCGGGAGACCUCCUGCCGGAGUUCGCGUCUCCUGCUCGGGUCAGCGCGGACGGCGAAGGCGUGCUCCGUUACCAAGGCAACGGUCAGCUAACAGGGCGCAGCGGCGGCUAAGCUAGCUCCAAUCAGACCAUUUCCGCGUCUUUCUUAAAGCUUUUAUGACAUGAUCUGUCUGGAUACGCUGGCUAUUGACACCCGACUAACAUGCGUACGGACAGAAUCAAAGGAAUGCACUGUUAUAAAAUAAUCAAGAAAAUUGGAGAAGGCACCUUUUCUGAGGUGCUGAAAACUCAGAACCUUAAAGAUGGGAAGUUUUAUGCGUGUAAAACCAUGAAGCAGACAAUUAACAGUCUGGAAAAGGCCAACAAUCUCCGGGAAGUCCAGGCAAUGAAGCGGCUCAGUCCUCACGCCAACAUCAUCCAGCUGCAUGAGCUCAUAUAUGACAAAGGAACAGGAACCGUCUCUCUGAUAUGCGAACUGAUGGAGAUGAACAUCUAUGAGCUCAUUCAAGGAAGGAGGACGCCUCUGCCUGACCAGACAGUGAAGAGCUACAUGUACCAGCUGUGCAGGUCCCUGGACCACAUGCACAGGUGUGGGAUCUUUCAUCGAGACGUAAAACCUGAAAAUAUUCUCAUCAAGCAAAACGUUUUGAAGCUGGGCGACUUCGGCUCGUGUCGCAGUGUGUACUCCAAGCCGCCGCACACCGAGUACAUCUCCACGCGUUGGUACCGGGCGCCGGAGUGCCUGCUGACCGACGGCUACUACACCCAGAAGAUGGACGUGUGGAGCGCCGGCUGCGUCUUCUUUGAGAUCCUGAGCCUGAACCCUCUCUUCCCUGGAUCUAACGAGUUGGACCAGGUGGCCAAGAUCCACAACGUGUUGGGGACGCCGGACCAAACUCUGCUGCAGAAGUUCAAACAGUCGAGAGCGAUGCAAUUCAACUUCCCUCCGAAGAAAGGAACGGGCAUCUCGCGGCUGCUGCCCAGCUGCCCGGCGCCGGCCAUCUCUCUGCUGUAUCAGAUGUUGGCCUACGACCCGGACGAGCGCAUCUCUGCAGACACCGCCCUGAAGCACACCUACUUCAGGGAAAUCAGGAUGGGAGAGAAGAAAUCAGACACGCUUCAGAGGAGUUCUGAGAACAUAGACGGGAAAGGAAACACCGUGAAGUCGGCGCACACCUGGCGACCGACCAAACUGGGCAAACAGCUGAGAGGAAGACACCCCAGACAGACGCCGCUAGUAAACCACAACCCGAAGCGAGCGGCUGACCCCCACAGCCGGAGGAACGCCACCCACCUGACGCAGCUGCCCAGAAUCAACAUGGCCGCUCAUCAGUUUCCGUUCCCUUUCUCUGCUAUUCCCGCUUUUACCCUCAACCAUAAGCCGACACUGCCGCCCAUCUCGCCAAAGAAGUGCCAGACACAGCCCGAGGAUGAGAUGCCUUCCAUCACCGUGACGACCUUCUGCAUGCCACCUGUGGAGCGCAAAGAAGGAGGGACCUGAGAGCCAAAGUCCAUCCAACUUUCAGAUUGAAAUCCGCCUGCUUGAACCGGACCGACCUGCAAAACGGAACCAAAACCCAGAGGAGCCUGCUGCACAACAAGCUGCCGUUUUCUCAGUUACUGCUGGGACAGACGGCCAAAUAAAUUAUUCAGUUAUUACAGUACUGUGGAAAAUAUUUCCCUCCCCUGUGGAUUUCUUUUGUUUUUGCUUCUUUGUUAUAACAAGAAACCAGAGUCGAGUUUAAUGGUCAUUUCAUCCAUGAAAGGACAAACAUUCCUGGUUCUGUGUGAAAAAGUGAUCAACCUCUUAAAACUAGCAGCUACUAAAAGUUAGUAUUUUACAUGACAAUCUUUGCUCAUUGUUUUAAAUUUGACACAUCAGAGUGCAGACUUUGACUAGGCCACUCCAGUAGAAUCAUGGAAUGUGGUUGAUCUCAGCUGAUUCACGGUUUGUUACUUUCACAUUAAGCCCAGUUGGUUUGGAGACUUUCCCCCUUUGAUGGAUAAAAUAAUCAUUUUCAAACUUUCCUGUUGAUCCUCGUCUGACUUUACACUUUUACAAUCAUAAAAUACUGAAUUUAUACUUAAUUGUUCUAACAUUUAAAUAAAUCACAUGCUAAUAAUGAAUAAAGUAAUUUAAUGGUCAAGGAGUGAAAGCUAGAGAGACGCUGAUUGGUCUGCUGUGGAGCUCAACCAAUCAGAGCUCAGUAUUAGAUGACGUAUGUAGACGCCAGGCUUCGUUCACAAAGCAGCAGAUUGCGAAUCAAAUCCUCUUGUGACGAAAAACCGGUGAACGGUUAGAGAAUCCAUCACUUCCGUAAACAAUGCGCUGUCGUGUGACGUCAUUGUUCCUUUGCGCAUGCGGGUCCGUUCACUCAGAAGUCUGCGCAUUUAAUUUGUAACUUGGAAAAAGAAAUUGGGAAUUUAUCAGCAUAAAUUGUGUUAUUAACUCAUGAACUUUAUGUUUUUUUAUCAUUUUAAACAGAUCUGAGUUUGUAAUUGUUGUGGUACGUUUGGCCCCUGCACACGUCACCAUGUAACCCCCUGCAUGUCUUAUGAAACCUGGAAUCCUUCAUGUUUUCAGGUGACACAUGUUUACAUCUCAGUAAUAUUUAUUUGAUUUUUUUACCCAGUGAACAUUCCUGUGGGAAGUCGUGUCAGGCGCCUGCAGGUUUUAUUCAUGGCUGGUUUGCAGCAAAAACUCCAAACUUUGGAUAAUAAAUGUGAUUCCUGUGUGGCCCGA